UUACAAAAUACUCGAUACUACCAACAACAAAUGGUACCGAUAUGUUACAUUCAAAUUUGAUAAUUAUCAAUGUUUUUCUUUAAUCUUUUACAUUUUUUAAAGUUUAUAUUUAGUAUUGGUUCAUAUAAUCAUUUUUAAAAAUAUGAUCACCAAACGUUUGCUUUAGGAAAUGGGCGUCACUACUCCAAAAAGAGUCGGUUAGAUCAUCUAAUAUCUUCUAAUUUCAAUAAAAGUAUUCUUAACCGUAAGGUUAAACAUGUCGGAAGGAAGAUUUCCAUCAUAUCACCAUUUACCUCCUGCAGCCCCUGCACCUCAAAAACAUCAUUUAUCAACAACUGCUUCACCUUCUCUACCUCACCCACUUACAUUCCAACCACCACCAAUAUCACAUCAACUAUCAUCAUGGUUAGCUAAACAAGAUAUGGCUGCUUACAGAAAUACUCCAUAUACUUCAAUUCAUAAUGUAGGUUCCCUUCAAAUGCAUAAACCUCAACACACACCUAUUAUUGAUCGUUGGAUGGAUGCAAGAACUAAUAUGCCUCCACCAUCUAGAACUGGGCCGCCAUCUCCUAGUCCAGCUCAUGCAGCAAAUUUAACAUCCAGUUUUUCAUUACCUCAGUCAGUUCAGCUUGAUCUUACUAAACAUAAAAAAGAACCGCAGCAAGUAUCAAUUGAUUUAUCAUCUCAUAAACCAGAGAAUAUUUCAUUGCCUAAAACAAAAGAACAAAUUAAUGGUCUAGUUACUUUAUCUAAAUUGGAUGAUAAACCUAGUGUCAUUGCACAUAAUCCUCUUGCUAAGAUUAAAUCUGAAAGAUGUGACAAUGACACUCCAUUAGUACUGAAAUCUGAUAAUUCUAUUUUACAAAAUAAAGUUAAAAUUAAUGAUGGUAAAAAAGAUAAUAAACAAAAAGUUGUAAAGUGUUUUAAAACUAUUGAAAAAAGUCCUAAUAAAUUAGAAAUCACAGAUACUAAUCAUGUCGAAAAAAUGUUGGAAAAUAUUUUUCAAACAAAUGAAACAGAAAAAACAUCUGCUAUUAAGAUAGCAACAUCAAGCAAAUCUCCAUCACCAUCAACAAUGAGAGCAGAAUCUGUUGAAAAAAUUUUAAAAUCUCCAUCCCCUGGUCCAAAAAGUGACCACAUGAAACAAGAAGAUUUAUCUGAAAAAUCUUCAAAAAUUCAUGAUAAACAAUCUCAAUUUUUGGAAGUUGAAAAUAAAUUAGAAGAACUAUUUGGUGGUGUCGAUGAAUGUACUAACAUAAAUUACAGUUUGUUAACUAAAGAAGAGAAAUCAAAGCCACUUACAACAAAUUCUAAUAAAAGAUCGUAUUCUAAAAAUAAGAAACCGAUAAAAAAAUUAAAGAAAGUUCAACAAGUCCAAGAAAAAACUAAAGCUAAUGACAUGUUGAAAAAAAAUAAAGGUCCUUUAAUCAGGAUAAAUGGAAAUAUUGAUAAUCCUACGAGUUUUGUUGUAGUUAAUCGGAGUAUUCCAGAAGAUGAAGACUCAUUAGAUGGCCGUAACAUAAACAUUAGAAAAAAUUAUUUGUACAAGUCUAGUAUUACAAAUGGAGAAGAAAAACCAGAUGUUGAUAAAUUAGAAAGUAAUGGAUGGCAAUGUGUCUUUUGUUCAAGAGGACCACAUGUUAGAGAUAUAGGUUAUGACCCAGUAGGUGAUUUAUUUGGUCCUUAUUAUGUUAGCCUGCCAAAGCAUGCAAUUAAAAAGAAUGAUAAUGCAAAACGAAAGAAAACCAAAUCCAAUAUAAGUAAUAGUGACACUUCAGAAGUAUUUAUUGAAAUAUGGAGUCAUGAAAACUGUUUAGUUUGGGCUUCUGGUGUUUAUAUGAUUGGUACAAAAUUGUUUGGUUUGGAAGAUUGUGUAAAAGCAGCAAAAAACACUGCUUGUGUUUUUUGUGGAAUUAAUGGAGCAAGUAUAGGAUGUACUGCUCGUCAUUGUAAAUCAAGCAUUCACUACAGUUGCGCUCUACAGCUUGGCUGGUUGUUAGAUAAUCAAUCUUUUCUUACAACUUGCAAUCUUCACAGAGAUUUGCCUGAAGGAACUUGUCACCACUAAUAAAUUAAACAAUUUAUAAUAUCAGAAAUGAAUGUGUGUUUAUUAUUGUUCAUAAAUCUGUAGGUUUACAACUUUCUAUAACGAAUAACAAUGUUAUCAGAAAACUUUAAACAUUUUAUUUACAUAAAUAGUAUGUAAGAGUUUUAAUAAUAUA